UAUAGCGCUACAAAAGCUUAAGCACAAGUCCGGCGACACGCGCAGCUCGAGGCUUUAAUAAUUUAAAUUAAGUAAUUCCCACAGAUACGAUCAAGUGUGGCAGCAACGGCAACAAGUGUGUGCCUCUACAAUCCCCACUGAAAGUUGCCCCCAAAAAGUGGAAACACAAAUAAAUAUCGCAAAUCAAAAUGCUGCAAUAAUUGAAAGAGGCGCCCAAAUAAACAAACCAAAAAAAAUUGCAAUAAUAAAAGAAAAGUUUUGUUUUCGCAAAAAAGCCAACAGUGCAUGAAAAAGUCAAAACUUGCUACCAAAAAGAAAGAGAAGAAAGUUAAAAAAAAAAUUACAACGCGUUCGCGUUACGCAUACGCCGCGUGCGCCCGACAUUUUUAUAGAUUUUCUGCAUCGCGUGCCUUUCUACCUUACAUUUGCGUGUCCUUUUUCGCAACGAUUUUUACAUGGGACUUUGAACAGCCCGCGAAACAAUACGUGUGUGGGAAUAUUAAUUGACCUUUUUUUAUUUUAAAUAUCACAUAUUUUUUAACAAGCUUGUGGGUGGUUGUGUCUCGCCGUUUAGUGUUGGUUUUAUUUGCAAACAGCAGCCAGCAUGUCAUUUGAUAUUGCCAUUGCCGAUCAGAUGCGCAUAGCGCUCAAUUACGUGAAGUUUAAAACAAAGCAGCAGCGGCUGCGUAGCAACGAUAAGGUCAUUGCGGACACCAUCUGUGGCAAGGUGAAGGGUGUCAAGUGGCAAUCGAUCUAUGGCAACAAUUACUACAGCUUUGAGGGCAUACCCUUUGCCAAGCCGCCGGUGGGUGAGCUGCGGUUCAAGGCGCCCGUCGAGCCGGACCACUGGACAGAUGUGAAGCGAUGCACGCGGGAGCGCUCCAAGCCCUGCCAGGUGAACAUUGUGCUGCGGCAGGUGCAGGGCAGUGAGGAUUGCCUAUAUCUGAAUGUUUAUACAAGAGAGUUACAUCCACAAAAGCCGUUGCCCGUUCUGGUCUGGAUUUAUGGUGGCGGCUUUCAAAUGGGCGAGGCCUCGCGUGAUCUCUACAGUCCCGACUAUAUUAUGAUGGAGCAUGUCGUGCUGGUUUCCAUUUCAUAUCGGCUGGGUGCUCUGGGCUUUCUUUCGCUUGAUGAUGAGGAGCUCGAUGUGCCCGGCAAUGCCGGUCUCAAGGAUCAAGUAAUGGCUCUGCGUUGGGUUAAGCGUAAUUGCCAUUUCUUUGGUGGUGAUCCGGAUAACAUAACUGUUUUCGGUGAGAGUGCUGGUGGAGCUUCCACACACUACAUGAUGCUCACGGAGCAGACGCGGAAUCUCUUUCACAAGGCCUGCAUAAUGUCUGGAAGUGCGUUGACUCCUUGGUCCUUGACGCCACGACACAAUUGGGCCUAUCGCUUGGCCCAGGCCACGGGCUACGAUGGCGACUGCAAUGACGCCCUGAUAUUGGCGCACUUGAGGAAGUGUAAGGCCAGCACAAUGCUGCGCGUGGCCGAGGAUAUUAUCACGUUGGAGGAGCGACAUCAGCGCAAGGUUAUGUUCAGUUUUGGGCCCACCCUCGAGCCUUACGAGUCCGCUCAUUGCGUCAUACCACGGCAUCCGCUGGAGAUGAUGCGCAACUGCUGGGGCAAUGAAAUUCCCCUUGUCGUGGGUGGCAACUCGUUUGAGGGUCUGCUCAUGUUUCCCGAAGUGCGCAAGUGGCCGGAAUUGUUAAAUCAACUCGGUGAUUGCGAGUAUCUGGCACCCGAGGAUGCUGGUCUGAAUGAGGAGCAGCGACGGGCCUAUGGCAAGCAGCUACGCGAGACAUAUUUUGGAGAUAAGCAGCCCAGUCGCAAAACCAUACUGGAGUACAGUGAUGUUUUCUCCUACAAAUAUUUCUGGCACGGCAUUCAACGCACACUCCUCUCACGAGUGCAUUAUGCGAGCAAUGCGCCCACCUAUUUGUACCGGUUCGACUUCGACUCCAAGCACUUUAACAUGAUGCGAAUAAUCACGUGUGGUCGGAAGGUGCGAGGAACCUGUCACGCCGAUGACUUGUCCUAUUUGUUCUACAAUGCGGCAGCCAAAAAACUGAAGCGUCGCACUGCGGAAUUCAAGACAAUUAGGCGCUUGGUGUCGAUGGUGGUGCAGUUCGCCACUUGUGGAGAUCCGAAUAUUCCGUUGGACGGAACGCACGAGGAGCAACAGGCUGAGCAUCCGGAGCAGCAGCGUUGGUUGCCCGUCAGGCGCAAUGAUGCGGUCUUCAAAUGCCUGAAUAUAUCACAUGAGGUGCAGGUGAUUGAUUUGCCCGAAGCUGACAAGCUGAAAUUGUGGGAUAGUAUGUACGCGGACAAGAGCCUGCUCUUCUAAGCGGCGUAUGCGCAAUGUCAGUGUCGGUAUAAAUCCAUCGCCAGUCAUGACAAGUGAUGCCUUUGGGCCAUUUCAAAUGUUGCCUGGUUUUUCGGCAGCGUCUGCCUGUUUGCUUAACAUUGUUAUUGUUUGUAGCCAUAGCUCUAAGUACCGUUUGCCCUAAACUGGCCUUCGCAAAUCUGUUUUUGUAAACAUCAAAUGUCUACAUCUUAGUAACUAAGAGGCCGGAUAUAAAAACUCGUAUACAAAUAGAAAUAUAUUUGCGCUCAUGGCCAUUUAGUUGGUGAGCUUGAAAUUGAAAAGAAGAAUAUGUUGAACACAUAGCAGCGGAAGAGCAAUUGUUAAAUGAAAAUAUGAAUUCUAGCCAAAUUUGAAAGACAUCAGUUGAAAUGAAAAGAAAUCGCAAUCAAAGUUAUGUCUGCAAUGAAAUUGUUUAGAUAUAAUAAAGGCCAGCAAAUUUUUCCUAAGUAAGUUUAGCCAUGGUUUUAGUUAUGCUCUCUUAAAACAUUUAAUUAGUUAAUACAUAUAAAUAAUAACAAAUAUUAUUGGAUUAAGUUUUAAGCACACGACCGAUACAUAUCUCUAGAACGGUGUCCAGAUAUUUUCAAAAAUUAUUAUAGAACCCUUUUGGAAAUGUGAAGUGCAAUAUUUUUCUUAAUACGUAUACAUAACCUUUUGCUUACAUGUGUAUAUUUAUUAAUUACAGUUUAUUAAAAAUAAACAAAGUGAUUUUUACAAAAUGUAAUACAAAUUUCA